AUGCCCUGUCUAGCUUAUGACCUGCCGAAAGAGUUGUGGCUGAAGGUUUUCGAGCACCUCGGUUACGAGGACCUUUUUCAGUUUAGGUUGUGCUGCAGGCAGUUCAACAAGAUUGUAACUAUAGAUUGGAUAUGGAACGACAGAUGCAAGAAAAGGUGGUUAAAGAGCGAUCAAGGUGAUCCCUUAGCAUUACGAAUAAAUGGGGAUAAAAUCGUCAACCGUGGGAAGGACUGGUUUUACUACUUCCGUUCUAGAAACCGCAUUGACCAACACACUUUGAGAGUAUUGCGUGCAAUCAGAGAAUGUAGGGACGAGGAUAACUACUCGCAUAACAUUGAAUCUUUGAUAAAAUUUGGAGCAUUAGCGGUUCCAAAUCUCAAAAAAUUAGAGCUGGAUAGCUACAACGACAUUAGACCAUAUGAAGUCACAUACCUCGCACGCCAGGUGCUUUUGACAAUGCGCCAUAAAAACCUCUUUGACUUUAUUGACUCUGCAAGUAGCACUGAUACAAACGAGUGGGUUCACUAUUCAGAAGAAACCGUGUUUUUGCCUUUGGCGGCUAUGGACCUAGCCUUUAACCGGCUCUUGCCUCAUCGCAUCAAGAUCAUGGAACAUGUUCAUUUCCAGGUCAAGCGUUACUACAACGACCUUUCAGAAUUUAUGAACUUACCUCCGACUUUAAGGGUCGAUAAGCUCAUGAAGUACUUAUUUGAAGCUCUAGACAGUGCUCGGCUACUUCAUGUCCGCCAGCGCGCCAGGUACUAUCUCGAUGAUUUCAUGUUACUCCGGGUCUAUGCGGGGGAAUCCAAAGGCCACCCUCUUGUUCUCCUUUCAAUAAUUCAAGCAGUAUCCGAGCUCUAUAACGUUGAGACUGUGAUGUGUGAAGAGUUUCUUAUUGUGAGAGAUCCUAAGAUUCGUGACGGUGAAACUUACAUCACAAUUUCGCAAGCAGGUACGCCUCGAAUCUUUACAAGAAAAAACUUGAUAGCUUCAAUGUGUCGCAUUUUCCCUAGCAGACAGGUCGUACUAAGUACCGUUAUCCCCAAGUUGUUGCAACCGCUGAAAACAAGGGACCUUCUGCUAAAAAUCUUUGACGAAUGGUCACCUUAUUGUAAAAAAAGCUACUGGAAUGCAGUUACUGACAAAAGCAUCAAUUCUCUCAUGCAGUACAUGCCAUUUAGCAAAUUUCCUGUACGCGUUUCAGAUUACGACUAUUUUCAAGCGUAUUGGAAGGUCAAAACAUCUGAACAAAGAGCGUUUCGAAAUUGGGGCCAGAAUCAUUUCUUAAAAUCUGUUGAUUCACAGUACCCUCACGACAAACUUAUUGUCGGAACGAGGCUCGGAUGCGCCGAUGAAGACGCAUGCUCAGAAGGCCUUUCUCACUGCCAGGAUUUGAUUAACAAAAAACACAUCAUCGGCGCUAACUCUGCUAACCUUGCCGGCAAAAUAGUUGCUGAUACGAGGUUGCAUACGAAUUAUGUCGUGUUAACAGACAGCGUUGCCAACAAUGGGUCGGAAUACCUAACUCUGAUGGACCCUCUUGGAGAAAUUAAUGUGCUUCUGAAAAGCGACGUUCAAUUUUUAGAGCCAGACAGCGUCAGAUCUCUUGACAUCAAGAGUAUCAUCAACCUUUUAUCUCUCUCUGAUCUGGGGCUAUUUUUUACCAAGUUUGAUCAAGUUCAGGGACUCUUUAUUCCAUCUGAUAUAUUCGUAAACUAUCUCAAGAGCAAGGAUGCAUCGAAAGGGACCGACCCAAGUGCUCAAAGGUUAUAA